AGCAAGAACCCGACAUGUAGAAGAAGCUUCAAAGAUCGGGGGAGGUCAUCACGGCAUCCACAGUUCAACUCCACUUCCACACGCCGGCCUCGACCCGCCACCACCUGCAAGUCCUCCACCAUGUGGCGCGCGGCAGCCUCCCGCCUCCGCUCGCAUUCUCCGUUCGGUUCACCCCACGCGCCCUGCCGCCUCUUCUCGCCACCGCCGGUGCGGGUGGAGCCGCCGGUCACGGCGACGGAGGCGCGUCGCCUGGUGCGGCUCGUGGGCGUCGAGGCCUUGAAGCGGCGGCUGCGGGACAGGGCCGGCGAGGCGAUCGGGUACGGGGAGCUCCUCGACGCGUGCGUGGAGGCCGGGGCGGCGCGGACGCACGGCGAGGCCGAGGGGCUCGCGCGGGCCAUGGACGACGCCGGCGUCCUGCUGCUCUUCAGGGACAAGGCCUACCUCCACCCCGAGAAGGUUGUGGAUCUGGUCAGAAAAGCUGUACCACUCGCGCUGGAGGUAGAGAAUGACCCGAGGAAAGAAGAGUUCAAGCAGCUUCAGGAAAGGAAGGACGACAUCGACAAGCUAGCGCACAAGCAAGUCCGGCGCAUCCUCUGGUCCGGCUUAGGGUUCCUCAUGACCCAGGUCGGUCUCUUCUUCCGCCUCACGUUCUGGGAGCUCUCCUGGGACGUGAUGGAGCCCAUCGCCUUCUUCACGACUGCAUCCGGGCUGCUCGUCAGCUACACCUAUUUCCUUGUAACCUCGAGGGACCCGACGUAUCAGGACUUCAUGGAGAGGCUGUUCUUGUCGAGGAGGAAAAAGCUUUGCGCCAAGCAGAAGUUUGACAUGAACAGGUACCUGGAGCUUCAGAAGCAUUGUAAGUGUCCUCUGGAAGGUCCUAAGCUUCACAACUUCUAUGGAUUGUACAGUAAGUAAAUGGAUGCAACAUUUACAGUUGUAAAUGGAUGCAACAUUUACCUUUCUCUUACAGAAGAAAUCAUAUUACCAGCUUCCAAAGUGUUAUUUACAAUAGGCACUAGUCACCUGGCAGUUUAACCUUAGAGCCAUUAUCAUUAUGCAAUUAUAAUCGUUCUGUACUUUUGGAGGUUACAACUGAUAUAGCUGUAUGUGUCCUUAUCUGUAUCUGAUUUUAUUUAUUAUAUAUGUAUGACUGUUAUUUCAA